UAGCACUCUAGUAUCCCACUCUUAUCCAAUAUCUUACUAAACACUAAAUUACAAUGAGUAUUAUUUUUAUCCCAUAUUUAAUCUCAUAUUUUAUUCACUUACACAGAAUUAGCUUGUAUUAGCUAAUACGAUUCUUUCUUUUACUAUAUAGCAACCAAAUGAGCCUGAGUAUUACAUAAAAAUAUGUUUUGUUAUAUUUCAGCGUAAUGGAUGAUAGAACUUUUUUACUUAAGAAGUGUUUAUUGCCACUACUAUAGCAAUGCCUGUAAAGCUAGUUGGCUGUUGUUUGUGGGGUAGGGUGGGGGUGGGUUCAGUUAUUGGCAUCCAGGCUAAUGGCCUUGGGAAAAAAAGCACCAUUGAGCUAUGCCACCGUGUUCUCCAAUGUUGUGUCAGAAGCAGUGCACUGAAAGCAUGGAUGAGCUCCAUGAGGUACGGGAAAGGUGAUUGGCGAAGUAUAUCUCGAAAUUUUGUGGUAACAAGAACGCCAACACAAGUGGCAAGCCAUGCGCAGAAGUAUUUCAUUCGUUUAAACUCUAUGAACAAAGAUAGGAGGCGAUCGAGCAUUCAUGAUAUCACUAGUGUUAACAGUGGUGAUGUAGCAGUGCCCCAAGGGCCAAUUACGGGUCAAACAAAUGGUUCUGCAGGAGUUUCAAGUGGCAAAUCAAACAAACUACCACUUCAAGCCCCAGCUGCUCCCCCUGGAGUUGGCAUGUAUGAUGCACCAACUAUAGGGCAACCAAUAGGGGGACCCCUUGUUUCAGCAGUUGGCACGCCGGUAAAUCUUCCUCAACCAGCACACAUGGGAUAUGUUGUUAGGAACCCAGUUCCCGGGACAUUAGUUCCUGGUGCCCCAGUGAAUAUGGGUUCCAUGACAUAUCCAAUGCCGCACACACCUGCUCAUAGGUAA